AUGUCCAACCAGGGGAUCCCCCUCAAGGUUAUCCAGCCCACUGCUGACACAACACAUACGACAGAAAUUAGUAUCCAGUCUCAAAUCCAUAUAGAGCAGAGCACCGCCAACAUCCUCACCAUUUACCGAAGCGCCAACGCAUCCCAGCUAUGUCUGCUAUUCUUAUCGGCAUGCUGCGCCAUAGCCGCGGGCGCAGCAAUGCCUCUAGUAACCGUCGUAUACGGGAACUUUGCGCGCGAGUUCAUCACCGGAGACAGUAAUACACCGGACGAAAUCCGAGAUCGCGUUCAACAUCUUGCUCUCUACUUGGUAUAUAUUGCAAUCGGGUCUCUAGUCACAACCGCCAUCAGCAUGUUUGGCUUCAAUAUCAUUGGAGAGAAACUCUCGCGAAAGCUUCAGCAGAAAUACCUCGCUUCGGCUUUGCGGCAGAACAUGGCUUAUUUCGAUGUAGUCGGGGUGGGCGAGCUGACGUCUCAUAUGGAUCAGGAUAUGAAGUUGAUUCAGGCGGGUAUCUCGCAGAAAGUUGGUGAGCUUCUUUCUGGGCUGUCUGGCUUUGUGGUGGCUGCUGUUUGUGCGUUUGUUCAGAAUGCGCGCUUCGCGGGCAUUAUGUUAUCUCAGCCAUUUGCUUUGCUUACGAUUAUUGGGGUGAUGGGGGGUUUUCUGAGUGUAACACAGCGAAUGGGUCUGGCUCAGUACGUUAGAGCAGAUAAUCUGGCCCAGGAAGUGCUCAGCGCUAUGAGAAGUGUCAUUGCUUAUCGGAGCCAGGAAAGAUAUGGUAAAAGGUAUUACGAGGCGUUGCGACGUCCAGCGCAAUUGGACUUUCGGGAGCGCUUCAUUUUUGGAAUGCUGGUUGCGGGAUCUUUUAUGCUUUUGCACUGGGCUAAUGGGUUGGGUGUAUGUAUAUUGUCUCCUUACGAUUUCUUGCGACAGCCAGAUGAGUACCUGCUGACGAUUGCCAAGUUCUGGCAGGCUAAUCAUCUUCUCCGCCAAGGGCGUUGCACUAUUCCGGAAGUUCUGACUAUCAUGUACGCAAUGGCCGUGGCGGGUGGAAUGCUCAGCCAAGCAUUGCCAGCCAUUGUCAACAUCACCCAGGCCAACGCGGCCGCCAGCCGUGUCUUUUCUGUCAUUGAGCGGAAGUCACCCAUAGAUCCUUCUGCAUGUACCGGGGUGAUGCACAGUGGGGUCAGGGGGGAGAUUAGCUUCGAAGGUGUACACUUUACAUAUCCUUCGCGACCUGAAGGGGAGGUUCUAAAAGAUGUCAAUUUCGUUGUGCCUGCCGGGCAUACUGUAGCGUUUGUGGGACCAUCCGGGUCUGGGAAAUCAACCGUGUUUGCCCUUCUGGAACGACUGUACCAUCCUCACAGCGGUCGGAUCAUGCUGGAUGGCGAGCCAAUUGAUGCUAUGAAUGUCUCGUGGCUAAGAUCGCAGAUUGGGUAUGUCGGUCAAGACGUGACUUUGUUCCGUGCAUCAAUACUCGAUAACAUCGCAUAUGGGCUUCCCGAAGCUGCAGCUGAGGAUAUGGACGCAAACGCGAUACGAAAGCUGGUAAUCGAGGCGGCCAAAGUUGCCCAAAUUCACGACUUCGUUGCGAGUCUGCCCGAAGAGUACAACACCAUAGUUGGGGCACAUGGAUCGAAUCUCUCAGGGGGCCAGAAGCAGCGUCUUGCUAUUGCCCGCGCAAUCAUAUCUCAACCAGCAAUAUUACUGCUGGAUGAGGCCACAGCUGCACUUGACAGUCGGUGUGAAAAAGCAGUGCAGGAGGCGCUGGACAACGCCGCCUCAGGACGAACUACCCUAAUAAUAGCCCAUCGGCUGUCGACAGUCCAGAAUGCCGAUAAAAUCAUCGUCAUGAAGGACGGUCAAAUCCUAGGUCAGGGCUCCCAUUCAGAGUUGUUGAGUACAUCUGCGAUGUACCGAGAAUUAGUGAGAUAUCAGGCGCUUGAAACACCCCACCGAUCAGAGGACGACAGGCUUAUCAGCCAAAGGCCCCAUUCGUUGGGCGCUCACGAUGAAUAUUCCAAAGAUACCUUGGUCAAUUUUGAUAUGGUGGAUAUACCAGACGACGGCCCAUUAGCAGUACGGUCGUUCAGUAGCAGUGCCAGACGAAUUUGGAGCUUCAAUAGACCAGAGUUGCCCUAUACAGUCGCUGGUGUGAGCUUCAGCGUUUUGGCUGGAAUAACCUAUCCUGUUCAAGCGAUCUUCUUCGGUAACGGGAUCAUGUCAAUGAUCAAUCCUAACCUCAGUACCGGUGGACAUAAUGUUCAAUUUUGGGCCUCUAUGUAUCUUACCCUCGGUAUUAUCGCAUUUGUGGUUUAUACUGUACGUGGAUAUUGCUUUGCCGUGUCCGCAUCACAGUUGGUUCUCCGAGCCCGCUCGCAGUUGUUUAAGCAUUUAAUUGUGAACGAUCUCUCCUUCUUCCAGGACAAAGACAACUCGAUUGGUGCAUUGGUCAGCUUCCUUUCAUCUGGACCUCGGCAAAUCACUGGCAUUUCGGGAACAUCACUGGGGCUUGUGGCUGAAAGCAUUGUCAUGCUUGCAACAGGAAUUACCAUCGGGUGUAGCUUUGGGUGGAAGCUUGGUCUUGCUGCGACAGCAACGGUCCCAUUAGUAGUUUUUUCCAGCUUCAUGCAAUACCAUGCAGUGGCGCAGGUACAAAAACACAUCACGCGCGAUACCGGUGCUGUGGCCAUUGCACAUGAAGCUCUUUCUGCCAUCAAGACUGUAACAGUCCUCGGUCUGCAGAGGACCAUCAGCGCAUCGUUCGAAAGUGAAAGUCGUCGAGACAGCCAAGGCAAAUACUGGUUCAUGUUUGCCGCGACGUAUGCGUGCACCACUUCCCUCCGCGUGAUGAGCAUUGCUUUCGUUUUCUGGUACGGCGGCACACACCUAAUCGCGACUGGCGAAUACACUGUACAGCAAUUCUUCAUCUGCUUUGCAGCCACAAUGUGGGGAUCUCAGUCUGCGUCCGUGCUUUUAGCACAUGCUCCUGACAUUGUAGGCUCUAAAGCUGCUGCUGCUCGACUGGAGAAGCUGAUGCAAGCCGGAAUAUCGUCAGCCGCCUACAGGAAAUUGAAUAAUGGCAACGCUGACGUGCCAAGUAUCACCGCAAACGUUUCGCUGCGACGCGUCAAUUUCAAAUAUCCAAGCCAUCAAUCUCGAAUAGCCCUGAACGAUGUCAGUCUCGACGUGCCAGCGGGUGCCUUUAUUGCUCUUGUUGGUGCUACAGGCAGCGGGAAGAGUUCAGUGAUAAAUUUGCUGGAGCGCUUCUAUCCCAGCGAAUCUGGCGCAAUAGCACUAGAUGAUAUGUCCAUUGAACACUAUGACCUCGACAGUUAUCGAGGGUAUCUAGCACUGGUCGACCAAAACCCUUGUCUGAUUGGUGAAGACCUGCGCGACUGCCUGCAGAGUGGUGAGCUGGUUGUAUCAGACGCCGAGAUUUUGGCCGCUCUAAAGGACGUUGGGUUAGCCGAUUUUGUGCUGUCACUCCCCCAAGGUUUAAGCACCCCCAUCAUGGCAAACGGAUCGACCCUGUCUGGGGGGCAGCGCCAGCGCAUGGCCAUCGCGAAGGCGCUUCUAUGUCGACCAAAGAUUCUUCUACUUGAUGAGGCAACCUCUGCCCUGGACUCCGCCUCAGAGGAACUAGUCCAGAGGACAAUUCAGCGCGUGAUGAAAGGGCGAACAGUCAUCGCUAUCGCCCAUCGACUAAAGACGAUUGUCGAUGCUGAUGAGAUCCUAGUAUUCAAGCAUGGGCAGAUUGUAGAAAGAGGCAGCCACAAGAAAUUGAUGCAACUCGGGGGUGAAUAUUGGCAGAUGGCCAGGUUACAGUCGCUGAUGGGGGAAGCAUGA